CACCGCGGGGGCACACGGAAGGAGAUAACUGGGUUUGUUUCUCUCCCCAUAAUCCCUCUCCUGUGGGCGCCAGCGUAUAAAAGGGAGGGGCGCACACCGAGCCGCACACACUCUGAGUGAGGCUCGGCGCAGGCAUCGCACACACAGACAGUAAUCAUGUCCAGUGGAGAUAAGUCCAAGGCUUCUUCCCAGACUGAUGGGAAGGCUGCACAGAGCAAGAAGUCAGACAUGGGAUUGAUGUCCUACAAGAUGUACUUGUACGACCAGGAGAACUUCCAGGGUCAGAUGAUCGAGAUCAGCAACGAGUGCAUGAAUGUGUGUGAGUUGGGCAUGGAGCGCGUGCGUUCCCUGCGCGUUGAGAGCGGACCCUUCGUGGGCUUUGAGCAGAUGAACUUCUGUGGUGAGAUGUACAUCCUGGAGAAGGGAGAGUAUCCUCGCUGGGACUCCUGGAGCAACUGCCAGAAGAACGACUACCUGCUGUCCUUCAGGCCAGUCAAAAUGGACCCUGAGAAGCACAAGAUCUGCCUGUAUGAGGUGGGAGAGUUCAAGGGUCGCAAGAUGGAGAUCAUGGACGAUGAUGUUCCCAGUCUGUUCUCCUAUGGCUUCACUGACAGAGUGGGCAGCAUCAUUGUCAGCUGUGGAACCUGGGUGGGGUACCAGUUCCCUGGAUACCGUGGCAGCCAGUACCUGCUGGAGAAGGGCGAAUACAAGCACUUCAACGAGUACGGCGCCCGCAAUCCUCAGUUCCAGUCCGUGAGGCGUAUCCGUGACAUGCAGUGGCACCAACAGGGCUGCUACACCAUGGCCAGCAAGUGAGGCUCAGGGAAGGAGAG